AUGAUCGCGCGUCAGGAUGAUGAGGAAACCCCUCUUCUGCAACAGCCAGAGCAACUGAUGGCCAGUAGUACGCCCCUGCCCUGGGACCAAUUCUGGAUCAUAUUAUUCUUGCAGUUUCCAGAUUCACUUGUUUUUCAGACCCUUGCCCCGUUCACACCCCAACUUAUCAGAGACAUUGGCGUGACCCACGACGACGAAUCUCAGGUUGGACACUAUGUUGGCAUCCUGCAAUCGUCUUACUAUAUGGCCCAAGCGCUGACUAUUCUCCAUUUGGGUCGACUGUCUGAUCAUAUUGGACGGAGGCCUUUGAUACUGACCGCUCUAUUUGCGAUAGCGGUGUCGACGUUCUCGUUUGGGCUGUCAAAAACGUUUGUCGGUCUGGUGGUCAGUCGUGUUUUCUGCGGGGCAUUCAAUGGGAGCAAUGGUGUCGUCAAGAGCAUGGUCAUGGACAUUACUGACACAACCAAUUUGCCGAAGGCAUACGGCUACAUGCCUCUCCCAUGGAUGUUAGGAGCCAUAGUCGGACCACUCGUUGGGGGAUCGCUCUCCAGACCAGCAGACAGAUUCCCUGAAAUCUUUGGGCGAUCAGAACUCCUGAAAACUUAUCCAUACCUCUUACCAUGCGCUGUUCCGGCUAUACUUGCGUUGGUGGCUUGGCUAGUCACGUAUUUCCGUUUCAAAGAGAGCGUCUCUACAAGGGCAUCGCUUUGGGGGUCGAUCAAAGGGUGGCUCUUACCACAAUCAUAUGCAAGGCGUUCCACGCCAGCGAGCCAUUCUCUGGCUAGUUCUGAAGAAGCAAACUCUGAGGAAGUCUCAUCAAAACCGAUUCCACUCCGCACCUUGCUAACUCCAAAAGUUCUGACCAUAACAACCAGUUAUGUCACCAUGGCUGUAUUGUAUAUGGCACUUAACUCGAUCCUACCUGUUUUCUAUGCAACGCCCAUUGAACUCGGUGGCCUUUCCCUCGACCCUCCCCGCAUCGGCGUUAUACUUUCGGCAUCAGGUAUCGCCCAUGGCGCAUUCCAACUACUUUUCUACGCUCGCCUACACGAUCGCUUCGGCGCAGGACCCAUUCAUGUCACUGGUGUUAGCUCCGGUAUACCCAUCAUCAUUUUAUUCCCAGUGAUGAAUGCUCUGGCUCGAGCUCAUGGAAUGUGUUUGGCGGUGUGGUUGUGUGUUGGCCUUCAACACGCCCUGAUGACUAGCUUGAUGAUGUGCAACCCAUGCUUGGUAUUGUUUAUUAGAGCAGCUGCUCCUAAUCGCGCAUCGCUUGGCGCAACCAUUGGAAUCUCCCAGAUGGUUGCAGCAGGAGCAAGGAUCAUUGCCCCAGCAUCUGCAGCUUCGGUUUUCUCGUAUUCGAUGCAGGAAGGUCAUGAUGCGUGGAUGGUAUACUACUUUUUGACGGCGAUUGCGUUUCUCGCUGUAGGUACUUCUUUGUUACUUCCGCGUGAUCCUAGUGCAUGGGAAGAUCGCGAAUAG